CAUUUUACAUAAUUUUUCUGUUUGGAACAUAUGGAAAAAUCAAUUCUGGAUUGUUAAACACGUUUCCCAACUGUGUUUUCCACCUGCCAGCAAAGCAUUCAAAAAGUAGAAGUUGGAGUGUUUCAUUUGGAUUUCUGCUCUGAAGGAAAGUUGCUCAGAUAACAUCUGUCUUAAGCACAGAUGAUGUCAAGACUCCAGCCCUGCCUUCUCUCCUGGCUCCUCUUGGCCACAUGCUUCUACCAUUCACUGGAGAUGGCCACUAAUUUACAGCAAAGCUUCAAGACUGAUCUCCUCCACUUUUAUCACACGUUAAUUCUUCCAGAUGGCAAGGAAACCACAGUCCAUCUCUUGAAGGAUGUACUGAAAAGGUAUUAUUUUGUUUUAGAAGAAGGUAGAACCUCAGCACCAUUAACAGUGACAGUGACCCCAUGUGAUGUCCCCAUCGAGUGGAGUAUACGGGUCCAUAAGUCUUCAACAAACUACCUUGGAAAAGCAGUUCAAGAUAAGCUGGAUGUUGAAGAAUCUCCAAAGUUUCAGAAGACUGCAAAAAUAGUUUCAACUCUCUUUAGCUACAGAGGCAAUUCUGUGGAAACCUACACUGGGACAUCUUACUAUUCUGCUGUCUAUAUGUUUGAAUUUCUGUCAGUUGAAAGAGAUACUCACAUUACAGUGUAUUUAGCUACUCACACAACUUCAGAACACCUAUAUCCAGAACUUCCAGCAGAUCCACGCAUUGAUGUCAUUGGGAUUGGGCACACCACAGUAACUCUAGCUUGGAAGCACAGUCCAACAGCUUUGCAAGACAAAGAAAACACCCAGUACUGUGUUUUGAUGAAUGAAAAACACAACUACAAAAGUUUGUGUGCUGCAGAAACUGCAAUAAGAUCUUCUGGAAUGAAAUCAUACCAAGCAUUGGCAUUCUCUCUCCCUCAAUAUGGAGCUUUGCUGGAUACUCAACAAGUGAUGAUACUGUCCAAUGGUGAAUUAAGCAUCAUCAGCAAAGCUAGCAAUGGGGAGGUGAGGCAAACAUGUGUGGGCACCAAGAACAGCUACACAGUGCCCAAUCUUACUCCUAGCACUCAGUACUACUUUGAUGUUUUUGUGGUCAACUUCCUUACCAACGCCAGUGCUGCUUUUACUGGAACCUUUGCCAGGACUCUUGAAGAACCUGAACCCAAAGUGACUGACAUGAAAGAUGGGAAGAUGAUACAACUCACCCUGGAUGGAAGAAAGCAAAAAUCCUAUACUUUGCAGUACCAGGCAAGGCACAAGCAGGUCCAAUUUGCUUUCCAGUCUUGUAGUGGCCAAGUACAAGUUGAAAUCUCUAGGAAUGGGAAAGUGCUGAUGUCAGAAAGAUUUGCAGGCUUGAGACACUUUGUGCUAAAGGGAAGGAUAGGUGAUACCUACUCAGUACAGUUGGGAUCUACCGAACCUUCAAAUGCUUCUGUAAAGGUUCAGGUGUCAUCCCUCUUCCAUAAACCUUUCUUUCCAGCUCUUCCAGAGAGUUUAAAAAUUAAGUCCUUUAGCAAGCUGAGGACUUGUAAUUCAGUCACUAUUGCCUGGCUAGGAACCCAGCAGCUCAGCAAGUACUGUGUAUACAAGAAACAGAUUGAGGAGGACCAAGUCUGGAUGGAAACAAGGAAUGCUGACCGGUGCUCAGGACCUGAAUCAAGGCAAAAAGGUGACAAAGUCCUGUGCAAAUAUUUCCACGAAGCUAACUUACACCGAGCGGUGACAACAGCAACCAUCAAAGGGCUGGAAGCAGGGAUUGUCUACUUGUUUGAUGUUUAUCUCAUUGGUCCCUCUGGGAUGCCAGUCAGGUAUUAUAGCAAAGCUGUAAAGACACGGAAGAAAUGCUGAGCAUCCUUUAAGCAUUGACUCCUGAGGAAUGCUGAAGCUGGAGGAACGUUGGACACAUUACUCAAAAUGUGCUGGAACAGAAAACAGUGUUUUCCAUUAUAAAAUUUGAGAGGAAAAGAUAUUCAUCUAGAAUUAUAGACUUGCUCCUGGGACCUUCCCCUGUUAAUUUAAAAAAUCUCUUAUCUGCAGUUUUUCAAAAAGCACUUUAUAAACCAAAUGCUUGACAUCAAAAUCGAAACAUGCAUCUCAAAACCUGCACAAUUUCACUCUAGAAGAAAGAAUUACAGCAGAAACAGCAGCUACAUAGGCAAGCAAAUUUUGCAAGAUGAUUUUUCAAUAAUCAUUUCACCGUUGGUGUCCCAAACCCUCUAACCAGGAUUUAUAGCUGAAAAUUGGCCCUGCAACUUGGGAGCUGUAUACUUGGGUUGGAGGUGAACUGAAAUCAAGACUUUGCUUCAUUUUGUGUGGUCAUUUCUAAUUAGGCCAAAACCCAGAACUGGGAGACCCAGAACAAGGGAAGGGAAGAUUUUUUCAUAUGCAAGAAGCACCUGUUCCUUAUAUUUCUAUAUUACAUCUAGGGAUGCACCAUAGCUCAUAGCUAUUUGCCACUGUGAGGUGAUGUAGUGUGAGGACAAACAUGCAUUGGCUACACUACUGUUGAUAGGAUCCUGCGGAUACUGUGCCACUUUUUUUGUGAAGUAUUUUCCAAGAAAGAGAAGUACUCUCUGCCAUAGUCUGAUCUAGUGUGAUCUAGACAUUUGAGGGUUUGACUAGGGCUCAGAGAGCCCAAGGUUCAAAUUUUGCAAAGCCAUGAAAAGCCACUCAGGCCCUUUCUAAACUGCCAUAUGAAAUCUGGGUCAUCUGCUUUGAACUGGAUUAUAUGGCAGUGUAGACUCAUAUAAUCCAAUUCAAAACAAAUAAUGUGGACUAUCUGCAUUGAUAAUCUGGAUUAUAUGGCAAUGUAGAAGGGACCUCAGUGAUUUUGGAUAAGUCAGUUCUUGAAUUAUGUCUAAAGCCCAUUGCUUGAUUGAGGUGUGCCAAUGUGAGGAAUUAAUAACAGCCUGUGUCAAGAAGGCAUCAUUUCAGGGUUACUCAAGAUGUUUUCUAAAGUCCAAAUACGUCCCUAAAUGCAAAGGUUUCUACUAUCAAAACUCAGGUGUUUUUCAGGUGGAAGGGGCAUUUCUAUGGGCUGCAACAGUAGGAAAACUGGUGGGCAAAGGAAAUGAUCCUUCUCACUUCUUUGUCCUUCUAAAUGAAGAAACUCAAUUUCCUAAUUUGCUGAAGCAAAAGCAAAUUAGGAAAUUGAGUUUAACCCUUUUCUUAAACAACUGCAUCUCUUUCUUUAGCAAGAACUUUGGCCAGACUUUCUAAUACUUAAUACCAGAAAUUCACAAACAUUUGCUCUGUUGAUUCUUUUUCUUUGAAUGCACUGAUAUGCAAUUUAUACUUCACGAUACUCCUAUAACUGUUUACCUUUUUGCAUGUCCUUUUAUACAUUUCUAAUCAAAUACAACAUGUUCCAUUCUGCACUGAAUCUGUUACCGUAGCAUGUAACCACUCCAUCUCUUAGUUCUGUCAUUCUCUUUAUGUGGAAAGCAAUGUGUCUGGACAGCCUCUUCUUUGCAUGUAUGCUGUCCAUACUAUCAGGAAUAAAAAAGUCAUGUAUGUGAAAAGCAUCCAUAUGCAGGAGAAAUUUUCCUGUUCAGAUUUGCCAUUCCUCCACAUGAACAGAGUGAGAAACCAAGGGGGAUGGGGCUAGAACACUCCUCUCUUUUGCAUGUUGAUUCAGCACAUUUAUAUAAUGAGGAUACAUAACUUGUGUAGCUUUUUCCAAGGUGCUGCUCUUAUUCAAUAGCUGGCAUAGAGAGUGCCAGUAGAAACAGCUUUUGUUUUGAUGUUGCCUCUUUAGUUAUGACUGUAAAACAAAACACAGUGAGAGAGAUUAGAUAGAUAGAUAGAUAGAUAGAUAGAUAGAUAGAUACCUCACUAAUAUGUACAUACAAUCAACUUCCAAAACACUGCCUCAUGGAUAUUCUGCCUUUUAGUCAGAAAGUAAGAGUUAAAUAACCCAAAUAUUUAGAGUGGGAUACCCCAUAUUAUUCCUCUUCAGAUGUUUAGAUUACAGUUGAAAUGGACUCAAGAGGAAGGGGAACAUGCUAUCUCCCGUACAGCAUCCCAAUGUUGCUGUCCUCACUUGAAGAACAACAACAAAAGACAUGAGUCUCCACUGUGAAUGUAGAUUGUCCAUGGAAACCAGAACCAUAUGUACAUAUCUCUGUUGUAAUUAACAUUCUGUUAUGACAAAGUGUGGAGCAAAACUACAAUAGAAUGAAGAGUUACCCUGAAAAGCUUGCUGGCUAAUGUUGCUUAAAUCUUUUAGCAAACUACCAAUAUUUCUUUGAUUCUAAGAUGCUAUUGAUUGUAAGGAGCCCUCGAUGGCUCAGCGAGUUAAACUGUUGAGCUGCGAAACUUGCUGACCGAAAGGUUGGCGGUUCGAAUCCGGACAGUGGGGGGUGCUCCCGCUGUUAGCCUCAGCUUCUGCCAACCUAGCAGUUCAAAAAUAUGCAAAUGUGAAUAGAUCAAUAGGUACUGCUCCUGUGGGAAAGUAACGGCGAUCCAUGUAGUCAUGCUGGCCACAUGAAUUUGGAGGUGUCUACGGAAAACACUGGUUCUUCGGCUUCGAAAUGGAGAUGAGCACUAACCCACAGAGUCAGACAUGACUAGACUUAAUGUCAGGGGGAGAAACUAUUGAUUGUAAGGCACACAUUAAUUUCAGUACCACCAAAAGACAAAAAUGCUUUAUAUAUAUUUUUUAAAGCAUCCACAGUUCCAAGAUGCAGCUCAUAUUUAGAUGGUGAAAAAAGUACAUCUUAGAAUCAAAGAAAUAUAGUAUAUAAAUGUGAAUACAAAAGAAAGAAGAUGAUUUCAAGGUGUUAUUGAGGGGACAAAAGGGGAGGAUUAGGAGGCUGCACAUCCAAUUGCCAUUCAAGCAUGUUUUUUAGUUCCAGGAAAUCCUUCCUCCAUUGGCUUCUCAGGUGAAGCAUCUUUAUAUAUCUACCAUUGAGAUACAGGCCAUGGCUCUGCUUAUGCCAGAGAAGAAUAGUCUCACAGUUACAUUUUAGGAACACAAGGUGUGCUUUAGAGCACAUAAAACAUUGCUUUUUGUAACUGCAAGCUGUAGGGGUGAUCAAUCAUGGUGAAAACCCCCAUCUUUGACUGAUUUUCUCAAGACUUGUCCUACCAUUGGGCAGAGUAUAAGGCAUAUACAUUAGGCAGCUGAUUUUGGCUAUCAUAAAGAAGCUACAGUUUAUUAUUUAUUCCAUUCAUUAUGAUUGCAUCUGUUACUGGCAGAGAUGGGAAAACAUGAUUGUAGUAUUUCCUACGAAAGAUGCCAUUAUAAUUUCCCUUGUUUGAACCCUCUGGACCUUGAUUUGUUUGCUCUUAAGCCAGUCUUGGAUCUCCUAACAGAAAAACUGCUCAUUUUUUCCCAAGAAAUCCCAAGAUUUCCCCAAAACAUGAAUGUACAAAAGCAAAUGCAUUUUUCUUGAAUAAAUAUGAUACAGAA